AUGAGCACGACACGAAUAUGGUAUGCAUCGCUUAUCACUUUAUCCUUAUUUCUUUUCGUAGCCGAAUGUGCAACACCAUUUUUAAACGUUUAUUUGGAUGAACGAAGUCAGAAGUCAUUACAUGCUGUUCUAACCAAUGCUCUUAAUAGCAACGAAUUAUCUGCUAUACAUCAUGGUGCAGCUGGCUUGAAACUCGCAGGCAUGCCGAUUGAAGCUGACAAGAACAAAGCUCUCUGCAAUAUAGUUAAAAAAGUAAAUGGUGAAGAAUUAGAGCAACUAUAUCACGCAGUUAGUGCUGCGGCUGCUCUGGAUGAUUGUUCGCUUUCCGUACCGAAUGCUAAAGGAACUGUUGAAGCAAUACUGAGAGAAGAUUCUCCAACUUCUCACAACAUAUAUUUGGCGCUUGCUGUUGCGAAAAAAUUGAAGUUGAAAGUAAACCAUGGUGGUUUUUCUGAAGCCUUAACUGUUGCAUUGACAAAUGAUGAUAGCGCUCCUAGUCUUGCAUAUGGGUUGAACGCGGCAGCUUUAUUAGAUAACGUCAACGCUGCAAAGUUCUUCAUACGUAUUGAAGAUUUGGUUGGUCAAGCUGAUGAAGUGGAUGGCAGGUAUCUUCAUUUAGAAGGUGGCUUGUCAAUCACUGCUUUUGGCGUUUAUGGAAUUUACAGUCUAGCUGAUAAACUUAACAAGUCACCAAAUGUGAAAAGCGACGAAGCGGUGAAAUUAGCAAAUUACUUGCUUAGUCGUAGAGCUGUGCAGUUGGAUCGUGGUGCUUAUCUCUUAUUAUUAUCAUUAAAGAAGCUUUCAAAUAACCAUUUCCAAAUUCCAGUUGUAUUUUCCCUGGCGUCGAGCAUGUCCUUACUACAUGCAGACAAACCUUUGGUAAUUCGUGUUUCGAAUGUAUUGGGCGAAUCGGUUGGACCACUGUCAGUCAUUUUGGAUGCAGUGACACAUGUAGCAUCCAAAGAAAUUGCAGUUGUACGACAACAGUUAAAAAAAGUUUCAUCUGAUAAAACUAAUACAUUGUAUGAAGUAUAUAUUAAAAAUGCCAAGCAACGUGGAUUUUACAAUCUCGCCCUAUCCGCUGGAAGUCAAGAUAAACGUUUGGUUGGAACAAAUGGUGCAUCGCUGGCAAUGAGGGUACUUGUAAAAAUGCAAGUGGAGGAUGUCGCAGUGGCGGUAUUUGAUCGCGAACUUCUGAAGCCAUCGUCAUCCAUUUCAGUUAAAGAGAGUUCAAAGAUAGGAAAAAUUCUGGAAAUUGACGUACACAGUAAGAUGGAGAUCAGAUUUAAAGUUAAAGAAGCAAAAACUGGUGAAGCAUUAUUGGUUCAUCAAGCGUUCGUAGUAUUUGUUCAUAGUAACACCCGUCAAGAAAUUAUCUUUGUUGCUACAUCGGAUCACAAUCAUAAUUACAUAUUUGACGUGGUACCGUUGAAUUUUUGCCUUGAAAUAGCUGAUUUCGAGAAAGUUGCAAGAGAUUUUGAAGGUUUAUCAGGUCUAUAUGCAGUACGAUUAAUAGUGGGUGACUCAGCAGUAUCGCAUUCUUUAGACUGGAACUUGGUAGAUGUUAAUCUGAAAAUUCCUGCAAUAGCUGCUCCAAAAAUCAAAAAAUCCGAACGUAUUAUUUACGAAAAAGCACCGGAAUUGAAGCAUAUGUUUCGAGAACCAGAAAAGCGGCCACCGCGAAUUGUUUCAACUAUUUUUAUUUUCCUGUCUGCAUUUCCACUGGUCGUCGUCUUCAUUUUGUGGCUACGCAUUGGAAUCAAUUUUGGAAAUUUGCCGAAAUCUCCCUUUGUUUUGUUUUUCCAUGGUGGCUUAAUAG